GGAGCUUCUUCGCGCUUCCAGUCACACACAUAAUCACGCUCGCUCAGCCACUUAUCUUCAAUACAACAUGGGAGUUCCAUUGCUGCUCACCUGGCUGCGGAAGCGCUUUGCCGACUGCUUUCUUCCCGCCGACAGCGCCGUCACCGACUACAUCCGCCAGAGCACCGACAACCUCUACAUCGACCUCAACUCCUUCCUCUACCAGGCUGCCACCAUCAUCACCGCCACCCACCGCGCCCACCGCUUCACCUCCGUCGACGAGGUAGAAGAUGUGGUGCUGCGGAAGCUUUUUGACCUCCUCGACGACCUCGUCCUCAACCUUGUGCAGCCCAAGGCACUGGUGUACAUCGCGGUGGAUGGCGUGUCGCCCCUCGGCAAGAUGUCGCAGCAGCGCGCGCGUCGUCGUCGCGGUGCUCGCAAGACCCCCUCCGCGUCGUCGUCUUCCGCUUCUGCGGGGUCCGCGUCGCACCACAGUUUCCACCACGCUCCGUCGGGCAACAUGAACGAUCUGUGGGACGGCAACUGCAUCAGUGUGGGGACGCGCUUUAUGGCUAAGGUGACGGAGGCGCUGCACUUUUACGCGGUGAGUCGCACCGAGCGCGUCAACACGAAGCGGCUGCGUGAGGAAAAAGCCCGUGGAGAGGCGGUGGACGCGUCGACGACGUUGCUCGCUUCCCCUUCCGCCUCCACCUCCUCCGUUGACGCAGCGGCUGCGUCUCCCUUCCCUUCCAUUAACAUCAUCGUGGACGACGUCUUGCGCCCGGGUGAAGGGGAAAACAAAAUUGCCGAGUUCAUCCGCCGCAUCCGUGCCAACCCCGGUUACAACCCGAACACGUCGCACGUCAUCUGCAGCUCCGACACCGAUGUGACAGUGACGAGCCUGAUUCUGCACGAGCCGCGCAUUCACGUAUUGCGGUACGAGCCGCCCGUGGCGUUGGGUGGGAAGCCGCCAGUGAAGCCCCUGCCACCCCAGCAACAGUACCAGCACCAAUCGCCGCCGCAGCGUGCGUUGUCGCGGUCGUCCUACCCGCAGCGCGGUGGUGGUGGCGGUGGUCCGUCCCCGCACGGACAACGCCGCUUUGACAGCCUCAGUUACCCGUCGCGCGGCGGCGGCCCGGCGCAUCAUCGUCCUCCUCUGGCUCAAGCGUCGUCUGCGGCACCACCAAAAGAUGGCUGGCUCUCCACCUUCUUCAGCAUUCACGUCUUUCGUCAGCGCCUGCGUGAGAUUCUGCUUCUCGCCUCCGAGGCGGAUGCCUCCGCCUUGGCGGAAGAAGAGGCGGCGCUGGUGUUUGAGCACACCUUGCACGACGUCGUCUUUGUACUGCUGCUCUUCGGCAACGACUUCCUGCCCACCAUCGGCGGAAGCAUCCAGGAAGGCACGCUGGACGUCCUUCUCUCCUUGCUCGCGACGGAUUUCGUGCCACGUGGCCGCACCUUGGUCGACCCCAACACGAACCACAUUCAGUACGCCUCCGCCCGCUACCUGCUGAGCUGCUUGGCGGAGCUGCCGCAAAACAAAAAGGCGGCGGGUGGUGGUCGGCUGCACGUGCACAACGGCAGCGGUGGUGGCGGUGCCGACGCGAUGGAUUGGGGCUUCACCGAUGGAAAAGAGACGAAGGAGCGCGACGCCGCCUUCGUGGAGCGGCAGCAGCGACGCGAGAAGCAGCAGGAGCGCAUGUGCUACUGCUACUGGACGAUGCUGCAGUGGGCACUGCAGUACAGCGCUGGCAUUGUGGAGCACUGGGGCUGCUACUACCCCUACGGACGUGCCCCGCCACUGUCGAAGCUGGCCACCUACUGCGGCGUGCUGCCCUUCGACGCCUUGGGGGAGAUCGCGCGGCGGCGGUUGGAAGUCGGUGCGAGGACGGCGGGGCGUGGAGAUGCGGCGGCCCCUGCUGGUCUAGACGAUGAUGAAGAAGAGGAAGACGACGGCAUGGAUGGGCUCCCCACCUCCGCCCUCGCGGUCAACAACAACUCGUCCUCCUCUGCCACCGCCGUCGAUGCGGCGGCGCGCGGCAAGCCGACGGAUGUGAUGGUGCAGCUGCUCAUUUUGAUUCCCCCACGCAGCGCGGCUCUCCUGCCAACGGUCUUUCGUCAUCACUACCGAGAAGUGGAGGGGGCAGUGCAGGCGCCGGUGGAACAGCUGAACCUCGUGUCGAUUGGGGCGUGGUGUGAGGAGAAGAAGCGCUCCCUCAGCGAGGAGGAGCGGACACGCUUUACGGCCUACCAGUUUUUUGCCUCCGAUGCGAACCUUGGCAGCGAUGAGACACCCUUCUCGGCGAACGAGAUUGCAUUCAGCGCCUACUGGAGUCCUGCCGAGGUAGCGGCGGAGCUUGAAGCGCAGCGGAGUGACAGAAAGAAAGCAGCGAACGGAAUCGGCUCCGCUGCCGCGAUGAGUGCAGGCGGUGCUUCCGCCACUGCACCAUCUGGGCUGCAGAGCAAGGCGGCCUCCUUCUUCAGCCUCGGACGUCGUCCCGUCCUUGGCGCGUUGGGCACGUCGCCCGCAUCGAGCAGCUCCGCGGGCGGCAGUGGGGCCGCUGCCCUCCUGGCCAACGUGAACCUCACCGCUGUGCCAGCUUCUCCCCCUCCUCCUUCUGCGCCGCCCACGCCAGCCCUCACCGAUCUGGAGGCCGGCGAGGCCUCCGCCGAGGUCGGCACUCCGUUGUCUGUUCCCUCCACGAAAAACAAGCUGGCUGCCCUCCACCCAACCCAGCUUCUCCACCCGAAAGGCCACUACGUCCUCUGGGUGACCCCUUGCGAAGCCCUGCAGGACCCCCUGCUCGUGCGGGCACUCGGUGUGAUUCAAGGCAUCCGCUUCUUCGCCGGCUCCUACGUCCCCGUCGUGGAUCAGGACGCCGUGCUCAGUCGCAGCAGCGGCGCGGGACAGGAGGUACGCCUUCAGUUUCGACUUGCCGUGGUGCCGCUCAUCACCGACCUGACGUACAGUGCGCGUCUCCUGCCCGGCUACGUCGAACCGGACGAGGUCGGCAUGCACGAGAAGGUGCUCGCCGCGAGGAAAGUCGAGGCAGAUCGAACUGAUCCGUGGAAGCAGAUCGACAAGCUGCAGACUGCAAGAGACGCGCGCAAGCGGGUCCGCGGAGACGGUGAGGAAGAGGGAGAAGGUGACGAAAGGGAAUCGACAGAGGAGGCGGUCGCGGAGGCCGAAGUCGCCGUGCACACGACAAGGCCGGAGGAGACGGCGAGCGCCGGUGCAAUCGGCGGUGCGACGACGGCGGAGAGCGAAGCGGCGGACCUGCAGCGCCGCAAGGAGGAGGCCCGACGGCGCCUCGCAGCGUUGAAGGCAGCGCGACUAGCGGCACAGGAGAACGACUAA